UUAAUAGCGCAAAGCUCGGCAAUUUCAACUGAACCACCCCCAACCCAGUCCAACAACGCACAUACACACACACACCGCCACCCAACAUCUCUUCUGUCGGUCCAACCACUCUCUGCCAUCCACGACGACCUACGUGAGAAAAUCAUACACAACUUCAAUAUCCCCCAAUUUAGGGAACAAUUAAAUUCAUAAUGUCUUAUUAUCAAUACGGUCAUCAUCAACCUACGGCACCUACCUCUUCGGUUUCGCACAACCACCAUGGCGGCCGAAAUCGAAGGGCACCGAGAUUAUCAGUCUCACAAAACUCCCAAAAACAGUUUCGAGGUGUAAGGAGUAUGAAGGAACUGAGCGAGUCUGCCUCUGUAUCUGCUUUCCGAUCACAGUUUGAAGCGAGCCGUUCCUUCGACCUCGAAGACGAUAUGGAGUUUUGCCCUAAGUUGUUGACAGAAAUUGAUCUUGUGUCAAUAAGCAGCGCUUCUUCCGACCGAUCUUCACUGUCCAGCAACUCACCUAAUGCUUCUCCUACGCAACACCCCCAACAAGUUGCUUCUCACUUUUCUCUCAACUCAACCUCUCCGGCUUUCAUCCCUCCAACUUUCCAGAGUCAGCAGUCGACCCUAAAGUUGCAUGCUCCCGCCGCCACCCGGGCGCGCAACGCUAUUCCUAUCAUCAACCCUGCGAAUGGCCUAACCAUGUCUAGCCCGCCGCCAUCAGUAUCGCCCGCCCGAAUGCAACACAUCGGUAGACGCUGGUAGAUGACGAGACGUCUCGCUUCCUCUUCGGGCAUCGAGAUGACUCAUCAUCUACACACUCGUUUGCGAUUGUUAUGAACAUCUUCUACUUUCCGUUUAGAAGUCAUUCGCUACAUCAAAUUAGCUGUUCAUCUUGGGCGGGCUCCGGCACGGGCAUGCAGGCAUCGACAAAAUCACAUCUUCACACAGGUCACUUUAGGGCUCGACUGCGGACUCAUCACAAUCAUUUUUACUCCACUUUCUCCCUGUAUAAACAUCCUUAUUCGACAUAUAACUAGUGUUCAUCGUUAAGACUUGUUUUCUCAAAUGCGCAAAUUUAACGAUGGGCGCAGCUGGCAUUGAAGAUAAUCGAUACCUCAUGUUUUCUGUUGGGUUUCAAAAAGGAAAAAUUACUAUGACCACGGUGUUCCGA